AUGAACGACGAUCCCAAAGCGCGCGGUGCACUGCAAAAGGCUCAGGAGCUCAAGGCGAAAAAAGACUACGUGAGCGCCAUUGAGGUUCUUCUUUCUCUCCCCGGAGGAAGCUUUAACCCCACAUACACACAAUGUCUCGACCUCUUGGUUGAGUUGUGUUUAUGUUAUGGCGCUGGUAAAUAUGUUCAGCGCUUAGAUCUUGCGAGGGCGCGCAGUCGACUUCGUGGAAGUCAACAACUGGAAGAGGGUGCUUCCAAGUUGGUGGAUAUUAUCAUCCGACACUUCAGCAUGAUGUGCCAAAUUUCGGAAACUACUAUGGCAUCUAUAAUUGAGAAGAAUUCCGAGGACGACGUAAUCAUGGCCGAAAUCUCUUGCGUUUCUAUCCAGCAACGGGUCCAUAAACAGUAUCAAUUGCCGUGUCAGCGGGCGGCAGAACAACUUGCGAAGGAAUUAUUCCGAAAUGGUGCCAUUGGGACGUCCAAAAAGGUUUUUGGCCUAUUCUGCGAAACCGCCAUUAAGUUUACUAAUUUAUGCCAUGCACAUAAACUAACAAAGUCCAUCGAAAUAACGUCUAGCCUAAUCGCGUCGACUUUUCAAAACCUGAUUACCAAGACCCAUUCCUCCGCGUUAACUUCCUAUGAGCGCAGUAUUCAGGCCGACCGAAAGGAUUUCUUCAAGUCUGAAACGAGUGGCGGCGAGGUGGUACGGGUGCUCUGCCAUUUGCUGGACUUGCUCACUCAGAAGUGCAGCUGGACGCAGACGUGGUUUGUGCUGAACUGCCUCAAGCAAGUCAGCGACGAGCUCUAUGAUAAAAAAGGCGCGAAGGACUUGAAGAUGAUCGCGUACAAGAAGAUGGCGGACGUGUUCUGGGAAUGCAGGCUAUAUAAUUACCACGCCCACUGCCUUGCUAUUGCCGCGGCGCAGGAGGAAGAUGGGCACCGGACCCUUGCAACCCGUGCAGUGCUCGCCGUGCUUGCGGGUGAGAGCCAGGUUGAAGAGGAGAACCCAUUUUCCGCGCGAAAUGAGAACCCGGUCCAUCCCGACGUGGUCGAAACGUUUGAGAACCCCAAUAUAACCAAGGCCGCCCUUCUUGCCCGCUUGAAGCUUGACAACGUACUGGCAUCCGCUGAUCUCGACGCGUUGUUCCUCGUGAAGGCAGUUGAGGGCACGGAACAGCUCAACAACGCAUCGAUUGAGUUUAGGACGCUUUACAAGAAGCUAUCAGGUUUAAUCCAAAGGGAUCCGUCCUCCUUGCAGAUGUACGAGAAGCGGAUCCAGCUGAAUUUGCUUUACCUUCAGAUGGGUCUUCUUUCAGAAAAUCACAAUCGCGUCCAAGUGCAGUUGUCUUUUGUUUUUAACAGUGAAGGCAAGGAUAUUACCGACUUGGAAUAUGUUAAUGUCGUGGAGCCGGCAAUUCUGAAAAAUAACGCGGUCCCGGUAGAGAUUGACAGCAAAUCAAAGACAAUUUACUUUCGCAACUCCACCAUGUCCAAGCUUCUACGGGCCUUCACGACGAUCGCAAGCGAAGUGGAUCCUGAAACGCCUUUGAAAACAAAUCCUACCUCCCUAAGCUCAAUUGGUGUGGAGGAGCUUCUUGCGGCGCAGCGCCACUCGCAAUAUUUGAACUCACUGCAAAUGGCCUGUUGUAAGGGAGUACAUGCCCGAUCCAAGGAGCGCCUCAACAAGCUGGAGCAGGCUCGGCAGAAGAAAAUCGAAGACCGUAAGGAACAAGAGGAAAUCAAGCGCGCAAACGCGAUGAAAAUCAAGACUUCGAAACUAUAUGCAGAGUACCGAGAGCGCCAGCGACAAGAGCGGAGCAAGCUGGUAGUGGCCAAACUGCGUGUGAAGUACCCUGGUUUUAAGGUGGACAGUGCUAUUUGUAUGAAGAGCUCGGGCGCCUUUGAAGAUGAGCUCACGCAAAUCUUGGCCGCAUUUAAGCGAAAGAACUCAGAAAGCGAUCGGAAGGAAGCACUUAUGAUGAAUCUUUACGAGAAAGCCCUUCGACAGCUCGAAAUACCUAAGCUCAAGGAGCAGCAAGCGUCGAACGCGGAGCAACUUCGCGCCGAGGCCGAGGCCGCAAAAACCAAUAUUCUCAUGCAGCAUCGGAAGGAGUUUGAGCGCCGCCAGGAAGAGAAGAUGGUCCUGAAGAAAUUCCUGCCUGACGAGGAAGCCUUCAAAGACCAAUGGUUGCGCCACAGCACACAGGGCAAGGUAUCGAAGUGGGACGAACAGCAAAACCUCUUGGAACAGGAAAUGCAGCGUCUCGCCGCACAACAAGGAGAGUAG